AUGGCGCGCCUUCUCUUUCGUCUUCUCGGAGAAUCCAACUCUCCGUCGCCGGUGACGGCGGAUACAUCCACCGCAGCUUUGAAUUCCGAUCUCGUCGUCAUCCUCGCCGCUCUCCUCUGCGCAUUGAUUUGCGUUCUCGGUCUAAUCGCUGUUUCUCGAUGCGUCUGGAUCCGUCGUCUCGCUGCCGGAAACAGAAACGUCUCCGGAUCUCAAACCGGUUCCGGUCAGUCUCCUCCUCCGCCGCCGGUAGCAGCUGCGAACAAAGGACUGAAGAAGAAAGUCCUCCAAUCUCUCCCGAAGGUUACUUUCUCGCCGGAAUCACCUUCGUCGGAGAAACUCGCCGAGUGCGCGAUCUGUCUGACGGAGUUCGCCGCCGGCGAUGAGCUCCGGGUGUUACCGCAGUGUGGACACGGAUUCCACGUGUCUUGUAUUGACACGUGGCUAGGGUCUCACUCGUCUUGUCCUUCGUGCCGUCAGAUCUUGGUGGUUGCCAGGUGUCAUAAAUGUGGAGGUUUGCCAGGUAGCUCUAGCUCCGGACCUGAAUCCGAACCUGAAUGCGAGACCCGAAUCAAGCUAGGCGAAGAUGAUCCCAAUUCCUUCUUGCCUUGA